AUGAUCUUAGCCUCCCAUUGGCUCCUGUCUGCAAACACGUCACAAUCAUGAUUAGAAUUGAUGAUCGGACGUUCUGAUUCAUUGUCUAGCAAAGGAAGGGGACUGGGGAAGAAAUCUGCUGAAUUUGAACGUUCGCCUGAUUUUGAUAUCAAAAUGCACCUUCACCCUGCAGUGUGUCAGGUACAACAGGACAGGAUGACUACAAUCAAAACCGUGCUUGUCUAGAAACCUGGAGGUAUUGCUGUGAUCUGCAUGGCAGCCCCCUUCCCCUCCAGUAGCAGAAUGGAUGCAUGGCCACAAAGGCGGGGUCUGCAGACUAUGAACCUGCGAUCAGUGUUUACAGCGGAACAGCAGGUCCUGGAACGUUAUUAUGCUAAUGGGAUGACCAAUCAGAGCAAGUCAUGCUUCCAGCUAAUACUGCAGUGUGCUCAGGAAGCCAAACUGGACUUCAGUGUGGUCCGGACAUGGGUGGCAACAAAGACGACGCUCGCCUCUAAGGUAGAACAAAAUGGAGGCAUGUCUCAUUCCUAUAGUCAUGGACUUGGAGGUCUGCUCUCCAAUCAUACAUUAGUGGUGGAUGCUUUGUCCACAUCAUAGCUUGCUGCUGCAGGGGCACUGCUUCCAGCUGACUGGUGCAGCACGGGCACCAUCCAGAAUCGUGUGCACCUUCUCCCUCCAUCCUCUUCCUUCCCUGCUUUCUCUUCAGCAUCUUCCUCUCCUUCCUCUUCUUCUCCCCUCAGCAGAAGCAAUAACAACAACAAUGACGUCAUACUGACAGGGAUUUACUCAUUCAACUCUGUUCCCCGCUCCAGACCAAGACCAACAGCGCCUCCAUUACAUAUAGACUCUGCUGAGCUUUCUGCACACACAUCUUCAUCUCUGUUCAACCAAGCCUUGCAGAGCAGGAGCAACUCCACUUCCAGCCCCCACCACUCCAAGCUGGUCUCACUGUCACAGAACCUCCAAUCCCUCACAUCUGCCUCAGGACCUGUAGUCUACACUGCAGUCAAGAAGGGGAUUUUACCCCUUGGGGAAGCAGGCAUUAGUGCAGGAGCAGGGGCAGUACCUCACAGCUGGACUAGGCAGUACGGUACAGCGCAUACUCGCCCUUGGUCCUCUUCCUCGCACUCCCAGACUCUUCAGCCCAGACCUCACUCCAACCCUCAACCUCAACCACCUGCCCCCCAGAAGCCCAGAGUCUCCCCCACACUACAAAACUCUGGACCUGCCUCUGAACCUUCACCUCGUAUCCAGAAGGUCUUCACCUUGUCAGAAGGCGGGGAUGGGGACAAACAUAAGCAAAGUCAGGUGUCCACCCUGAAAGGCCAGGAGUGUCACAGGCCGACGCCCCUGCCUCGUGACAACAGUCAUAACUUCUCCAUUGCUAUGGAAACUGGGGAUGAAGAAGAUGAGUGGCAGAGGGAAGAGGAGUUGGCAAAUAUGGCCGCUCAGACACACAUUCACAGGGAGCAUACAUCAGCCAGUCCAACCAGGGCGGAGGUAUCCGUGGUAAGAGGAGGACACACGCCCCCAAUGACCAGCUCUAGACCUUCACUGCUUCACAGCAACUCAACUCUUCAGGGCAGCUACUCCCUCACAGCACAGACCUCACCUUUUGGGGAAUCCAGCUCACAGACUUCAGUCGGUGUGUCUGCUGCCCCCUGGGUUAUCAGCAACUCCAGAAAGAGAACACUGCAGGACCGGACCCAGUUCAGUGAUGGGGACCUCACACUGAAGCGGUACUGGGACCGAGGCAUGAGCCUGGGCUCGGUCUGCAGGGAAAAGAUUACUGCUGCAGCCAACCAACUCAAUGUAGACACUGAAAUAGUCAAGACAUGGAUCAGUAACAGACGGAGGAAGUACCGUCUGAUGGGUAUUGAAAUCCCACCACCCAAAGGUGGGCCUGCUGUAUUCACCUCAUCCCCAGGAAACGAAUCUCCUGUGGCCCUCAGUCCCGACGAGGAGCGGCUUAGAUCUCCUGAGCUCGGAGAGGACUUGAAUGAUGGGGGAUCAAUCUGCCUGUCUGAAGAUGGCACCAUUGACUCACAGCAUCGAGAUGAAGAGGAUGGAGCAGACUUGCCCUCUGCUGCUCCUCUCGCCAACAGUGUGAAGAUCGAAAUAAUUGACGAGGACGAAGAAGAUGAUGAUUAUGAUGGUGAAUUGGUGGCUUCAGACUUAGAGCAAAUGCAGGGCCUGCUGGAAUUCAAGCAAGAAGAAGUGCAGUUCUUAGAGACUGAGCUAGAGAACCAAAAACAAAGAUACGAAGAGCUUGCAAACUUCACACAGAGUCUGCUCAUUGCUGUGAGGAAUAAUGACCUGGAGAGACAGAAGGAACUUAUGGCAAGUCUACCUCAGCCUUCAGACCAGGACUGGGACAUGACUGUGGAGAGAGGAACCCACCCUGCAGCUGUGUCAGCAGACGCUUCCUCCAACCACGACGACUCCCUGGCAGCUGUAGGAGCGGCUAACAAUAUGGAGCCUGCACCAGACCCAGCCUCUGAAGAAGUCCCUCUGGUCACCUUAAACGAAGACACCAUAGCUACAGAAAUUACUGAGCCCUCUGCAUCAGAGGAGCAGCUAGAUGAAGAUGUUUCAGAAAUACACUGCAUAUCCCCCAUACAUGAGAUCACAUAGACUCAUGCAGACAUUUCAACACUCCACACAGUAGCUGGUUUCACCUGAGGGACAAUAUGGUCGUGCAUUUACACAAACACUGUUACACUCAUGCUCUAUGCCCAGUGCCUGUGGAUUGAUGCUUCACUAUGACUGUUGGGCUGACAAAUGCCUUUUUUACUGCAUAUCAUUCGCCUUGUUCUGGAAAGUCCAGAGAGAACAAUAAAUGACCUCUAACUUA